AUGAUAUGCGCAAGCCAAUGGGUGAGCGCUGGCUCGCGUCGAUCCCUACGCCCGUCCAUUGUCGCAACACGCAACCAUUGCCCCCGCGUUUCGAUACGAUCUGCCAGCUUGGCGUCAAUUAUCCAGGGCCUGCGAAAGGAGGAAAAGACUUCAAAGAACGGCGACUUGCCCUCCUGGGCCAUCGGUUCCUCCAAGAAGAAGCGGAACGCCGUGGCGCCGUGGCAACCCGACAGAGACCCAUCGGACGUUGGCAAGAGAGCCAAAUCAUCCGCAGGGUCUGCCAAUGGCACUGGCAACGGCACUGCAAGGGAAAUACGCAAGGUCACAAGUAGGAAGGCAAGCAAGGUCCCCGGCAGGGGCUCCGGCAAGGACACAAUCACGGGCUCCAGCGGGGAUGCAAUCAAGAGCACAAGCAGGGAGGUAAGCAAGGAGGCAGGCAGGGUCUCCGGCAGGGACGCAAUCAAGGGCUUUGGCAGGAGCUCUCGCAUCGACCAGCAGCUGACGCUGCAGAAGCCCAACACCAGGCGAGACUCAUGGGACCAUAUCAAAACAUCCAAAGCACUCGAGGGUUCCGCUUCCGAACGCCAGCGCCACAAGCUUAGGAGAAAGCUGAGUCGCAGGGAUGCGAAGCAAGAGGAGGGCCCGGACGAUAGCGGCAGGCAAACCAGACGGAAGCGAUUUCUCGACCCCGACUCUCAGUUUGGAAAGAGGAGCCUGGUAUAUCACAUCAAGCAUGGGGACCUCAAGGACGCUGUCAAUUUGCCAGGUCCCGUACGUGCCAAGCAAGCGCAAGCCAUCCAGGACAGGUGGUGCCGCGGUCUCCCCGUCGAACCCGAGGAAGGAUCUUCUGUCGCAAAAUUCCGCGUCGCAGACUCGACGCUGAGAAAGGCAGGGGAGCCAAGCGUAUUACGCUCCAUGCCGAUGCAGCCAUCCCAAAGGUUUGAGGUAAUGCCUCAAGGCGAUAUUCUCGAGCUCGCCAGUGCCGACUCCGUGUUCGUCUACGGCAGGUCCUCGGUCAAGGCAGCACUCGAGCAUGGAAGGCGGAAACUGCACAAGCUCUACAUGUACGAGAAUCGCAAGGUGGACAAGAUUGACGAGGUCAUCAUGCAUCUGGCCCAGCAACGUCGUGUUAGCAUCAAGAUUGUCCCGAUAGAGGGCCGUGGGCUGUUGGACAGGAUGAGCGUGGGACGACCACACAACGGCAUCAUCCUCGAGUCUUCGCCCCUGCCUCAGCUGCCCGUCCUAUCUCUGGGCCCGGUCGAGGAGUCGCCCGGUAGGCUGGGAUUCAACGUCAACCUGAGCUACCAGUCCAGGGAGGAGGAACAGAUCAACGGCAAGAGUUCAUUUAUUCCCCGAGCCGGUCUCGUCACCCCCAAGCCGUUUGUCCUGCUGCUGAACAAUAUCCUGGAUCCGGGCAACUUGGGGGCCCUGCUGCGGUCGGCACACUACUUUGGAAUCGAUGCCGUCGCCAUCACGAUGCGAAGCUCGUCGAGCCUAUCGGCCGCCGCCCUCAAAGCCGCAAGCGGUGCAGCCGAGGAGGUGAGGCUCUUUUCCGUUCCCAGUUCCGUCCAGUUCGUCCAGCAGUCCAAGAUGGCCGGGUGGAAGACGUAUGCGGCCGUGCCGCCGCCGUCCAAGAGACUCAUGGAGCUGCAUGGCGAAAAGUUCAUCUCGGACCAUGCGGUCGAACGCGAGGAUCCGUUGCAACACAGCCCAUGCCUCCUCGUGCUCGGCAACGAGGGCCAAGGCCUGACCAAGGCCUUGAAAACGGUGAUCGAUUACGAAGUGGCGAUACCAAAGCUCAUGGAACACACCCAACUGGACAGCUUGAACGUCAGCGUGGCCGGUGCACUGCUGUGCCAUUCGUUCGUCAAAGGAUCGUCGGUUGCCAAGGCCGAGGCCGAGGCGGCCGCCGGUCGCAGGAGUGAGGGAGUUGAAGUGGAUGCGGUCGUGGCUGACCUGGCCGAGAGCCAAUACGUCGAGCCACAAAGCGAGCGGAUGUUUUGA